AUGGCCAUUGUCGAGGGCUGGUACCCUCCCACGAGGGAGAACUGGCAGACGACGGUGCUCAUCUUCCAGAUACUCUACCCUGCUCUCUCGCUCAUGCAGCUCUUCAUCUCGUGGUACGGCAUGGGCAAGACGUCGGUGCGCAGCGCCUUCAACCUCCCCGGCCGCGUGGCCUGGGUGCUCAUGGAGAUGCCCGGGUUCACGACGGUGCUGUACAUGAUGAAGACGCUGCCGCGGAUGCACGGCAUCGACGACCUGCCGUGGCAGAACCGCGUGCUGGCCGGCCUAUUCGUCAUCCACUACAUCUACAGGGCCGUCGUGUUCCCCCUCAUCCAGCCGUCCAUGUCGCCGAUCCACGUGCUCGUCGCCCUCAUGGCCGCGGGCUUCCAGGUCCUCAACGGCGUCGGCAUCGGCGCCUGGCUCGCCGCCUACGGGCCCGUCACCGCCGAGGCCUGGGCCGCGCGCUCCUCGGUCGCCCAGUUCUGCGUCGGCAUCGCCAUCUUCUACGUCGGCCUGGCGGCCAACUUCUUCCACGACGAGGAGCUGCGCGAGAUUCGGCGCGCCGAGAAGCGCCGCCGGCAGCGGGUGCUGGACAAGCAGGGGGGCGCGGGGGGCGCCGCCAGCGUCGAGAAGCACUACCAGAUCCCGCAGGCUGGGCUGUUCAAGCACGUCCUUUAUGCGCACUACCUGUGCGAGUGGGUGGAGUGGUUUGGGUUCUUGGUGGCCGCUGGCUGGGGGUGCGUGCCUGCCUGGACCUUCUUGGUCAAUGAGGUCUUUGCCAUGCUGCCGCGGGCCGUCAAGGGCAAGAAGUGGUACGUCGAGAAGUUUGGGGAGGACAAGAUUCGCAAGAGGUGGGCGGUUUUGCCGGGCGUUGUGUAG